UUGGAUUCCCAUACAGCGCGCGAGCAACAGCUCGCAUACACAUUCCCGGCUGUCCUCAUCCUGUACAAUGGAGGCACUCUCGAUCGACCUCGAUCCAGGAGAGCCAGUGCAUCAAUGGCGAAGAAUGCCGUCGUGCGACGAAUUCGUCGGUGCAAGACGUAGUAAGCACACGGUUGUGUCGUGGGGCGAUGCCAUCUACGUAUUUGGUGGAGACAACGGCAGGAAAAGGAUGCUGAACGACUUGUUGCGAUUCGAUUGUAAAGACAAUUCAUGGGGACGAGUCGUGUCAACUGGCAGUCCCCCUGCACCACGAUAUCACCAUUCUGCAGUCGUGUAUAAAGACAGUAUGUUUGUAUUUGGAGGAUAUACAGGUGAUAUUUAUUCUAAUUCCAAUCUUCGUAAUAAGAAUGAUCUAUUUGAGUAUAAGUUCACGACGGGUCAGUGGUACGAGUGGAGAAACAUCGAAGGACGGCUCCCUCCUGCACGGUCUGCACACGGAGCUGCAGUGUAUGAUGACAAACUGUGGAUAUUUGCCGGCUAUGAUGGCAACACAAGACUAAAUGAUCUUUGGAUGAUUCCUCUUAACUCUCCAAUCUCACAGUGGGAAGAGGUGGUACAGAAUGGGGAUGGCCCACCAACAUGCUGCAACUUCCCUGUUGCUGUAGACAGAGACAGCAUGUUUGUAUUCUCUGGUCAGAGCGGAGCAAAGAUCACUAAUAAUUUAUAUCAAUUUCACUUCAAGGACAGACGGUGGGAGAAGAUAACUCCAGCCAAUCUUCCUGCUGGUCUUUCGGCUCCGCCUCAACGUCGAUACGGACACUCUAUGGUGGCAUUUGACAGUCAGUUGUAUGUGUUUGGUGGAGCUGCUGACAAUAAACUGCCUCACCAACUUCACUGUUUUGAUUUGGAUCGGCAAGAAUGGUCAGUGAUUCAACCUUAUCUGGACAGUGAAUCCCCAUCCGGUCGUCUCUUCCAUUCAACUGCAGUAAAAGAUGACGGUUUCUACUUGUUCGGUGGGACUGUCGGCGACAACACAAGAAGUGGAGAAAUUUUUAGAUUCCAAUUCUCGACGUAUCCAAAAUGCACUUUGCAUAACGACUUCGGCCGUCUGUUGACUAACAAGCAGUUUUGUGACGUCACGUUUAUUGUUGGCUCUGAGAAGAAGAGAACUCACGCGCAUGCUAGUGUUGUUGCUGCUCGUUCGAGUGUCCUUCGAGAUAAGAUUGUUGCAGCUCGGAAGUUGACGAGAUCGUUGUCUGUUGAAGUUGAUCUGGAAGAAGUGAAGGCUGAGGCGUUUGGCAUUGGAAUGGUGUUUAUGUAUACGGAUGCUAUUCACACGUGCUUUCCUGCCCAACUCAGUGGAAUGUCAACAGACGAGAUGAAACUAAUGAUGGAAGUGUACAGUCUGGCAAAGACGCUGAGAUUGCGACGACUGGAGCAGCUCUGCCUUUACUACAUCGAGUCAUCCAUUGGUCAUCAAAACGUGCUGCUGGCAUUACAACAAGCCUCGGAAUUUAAACUGAACUCCAUCAAGGAAUAUUGCCUCAAAUUCAUUGUGAAGGAUGCUAACUACAGGGCGGUAGUAAUGAGUCCAUUGUUUGAUGACCUUGCAAAGCCACUGAUGGUGGAGGUGAUCAGGAGGAAAGAGCAACCGCAGAUGACGUCAUUGUCUGAUCUUGCAAAUGCCCUGCAUUUUGAUGUUGGUCCCUCACUUGAGACAGACUUAAAAAACUUCCUAACUGAAGGCAUCGGUGAUCCCUUCAGCGACAUAAAACUCAUCGUCGACGGCACACACAUUCAAGCACACAAGGCAGUCCUAGCAGCAAGAUGCAGCUAUUUUGAGGCGAUGUUCCGAUCGUUUAUGCCCGAAAAGAAUGAAGUGAAGAUUUCUAUUGGCGAAACUGUGCCGUCUAUCCAAGCAUUCGAGUCACUGAUGAAAUAUAUUUAUUACGGAGACGUCAACAUGCCACCAGAGGACUCACUCUACGUUUUCGCUGCUCCUCAGUUCUAUGGUUUUACGAACAACAGACUACAAGUUUUUUGUAAGCAGCAUCUUGCCAAGAUUUCUCCACGAAAUGUUGUCCAGAUCUUGGAAGCAGCAGACAAGAUUGAAGCUUCUGAUAUGAAGAGACACGCUCUCCACAUAAUUGUACAGCAUUUUCCACAGGUUGCCCACAUGCCGAGGAUCAGAGAUCUACCGCGUCACCUUCUAUUGGACAUGUUAGAUGCCGUCGCCGAUCACAUGAGCGUGGCUGGUGCAAUAGAUACGAGUCUAGCAACUGAAUGAUAUUUACGAUAUUUAUAGAAAUGGAUAGUAACCGAAUGACCAUCACAUGUACACACAAGUACACGUGUAUUAUAUACACAUGUACAGCAGUAGAAUGAAAUUUGUAAGUACACAUAAGAUAAAAUAAAGUUGAUAUUAAUGAUA